AUGCUGAAGCCCGGAGAGCCCGGCGGCUCGGCCUUCCUCAAAGUGGACCCCGCCUAUCUGCAGCACUGGCAGCACCUCUUCCCGCACGGCGGCGGCGGCGGCCCGCUCAAGGGCGGCGGGGCCGCGGGGCCCCUGGGCGCGCCGCAGCCUCUCCAGCCGCCGCCGCCGCCGCCGCCCCCGGAGCGCGCGGAGCCCACGCCGGACAGUCUGCGCCCGCGGCCCGCCUCGCUCUCCUCCGCCGCCUCCACCCCGGCCUCCUCCUCCUCCACCUCGGCCUCCUCCGCCUCCUCCUGCGCCGCCGCCGCCGCCGCCGCGCUGGCGGGUCUGUCGGUGCUGCCCGUGGCGCAGCUGCCGGUGUUCGCGCCCCUGGCCGCCGCCGUGGCCGCGGAGCCGCUGCCCCACAAGGACCUGUGCCUGGGCGCCGCCGCGGGCCCGGGGCCCUCCCAGUGCGGCGGCGGCGGCGGCGGGGACGGCCGGGGCGCCGCGCGCUUCCGCUGCAGCGCGGAGGAGCUGGACUAUUACCUGUACGGCCAGCAGCGCAUGGAGAUCAUCCCGCUCCACCAGCACACCAGCGACCCCAACAACCGUUGCGACAUGUGCGCGGACAACCGCCACGGAGAGUGCCCCAUGCACGGGCCGCUGCACUCGCUGCGCCGGCUGGUGAGCACGGGCAGCGCCGCGGCCGCCGCGCCCCCGCCCGAGGUGCCCGAGUGGCUGCGGGACCUACCGCGCGAGGUGUGCCUGUGCACCAGCACCGUGCCCGGCCUGGCCUACGGCAUCUGCGCGGCGCAGAGGAUCCAGCAGGGCACCUGGAUCGGGCCCUUCCAGGGCGUCCUCCUGCCCCCGGAGAAGGUGCAGGCCGGCGCGGUGAGAAACACGCAGCAUCUCUGGGAGAUAUAUGACCAAGAUGGGACACUACAGCACUUUAUUGAUGGUGGGGAACCUAGUAAGUCGAGCUGGAUGAGGUAUAUCCGAUGUGCAAGGCACUGCGGAGAACAGAAUCUAACAGUAGUUCAGUACAGGUCGAAUAUAUUCUACCGAGCCUGUAUAGAUAUCCCCAGGGGCACCGAGCUUCUGGUGUGGUACAAUGACAGCUAUACGUCUUUCUUUGGGAUCCCCUUACAAUGCAUUGCCCAGGAUGAAAACUUAAACGUCCCCUCCACGGUCAUGGAAGCCAUGUGCCGGCAAGACGCCCUGCAGCCCUUCGGCAAGAGCAGCAAACUUCCCCCCGCCACCCAGCAGCGCUCUGUGGUGUUCCCACAGACGCCCUGCAGCAGGAACUUCUCUCUCCUGGAUAAAUCGGGGUCCAUCGAAUCCGGGUUUAACCAGAUCAACGUGAAAAACCAGCGCGUCCUGGCGAGCCCGACGUCCACGAGCCAGCUGCACUCGGAGUUCAGUGACUGGCACCUCUGGAAGUGCGGGCAGUGCUUCAAGACCUUCACGCAGAGGAUCCUGCUGCAGAUGCACGUGUGCACGCAGAACCCCGACAGACCUUACCAGUGCGGCCACUGCUCCCAGUCCUUCUCCCAGCCUUCAGAACUGAGGAACCACGUGGUCACUCACUCCAGCGACCGGCCUUUCAAGUGCGGCUACUGUGGCCGUGCCUUUGCUGGGGCCACCACCCUCAACAACCACAUCCGGACCCACACUGGAGAAAAGCCCUUCAAGUGCGAGAGGUGUGAGAGGAGCUUCACGCAGGCCACCCAGCUGAGCCGGCACCAGCGGAUGCCCAACGAGUGCAAGCCAAUCACCGAGAGCCCCGAAUCAAUCGAAGUGGAUUAA